AUGACAUCUGUUGCUGCUGAUGCUUCUCCCAGUACUGAUGUUUCUCCUAGUGCAAUAGGAAUGAGAAAGUUAACAUCUGAUGCUUGGAAUCAUUUUCGAAGAAAGAAAAGUAAUGGAAUGGAUAAGGCAAUUUGCAAUUACUGUGAGAAUGCCCUUUCUGGCAAUAUGGAGCAUCAUGGAUUUCGUAAGCUUUUAGCAAGUCUUCAACCUUUGUUCAAGGGUCCAUGUCGUAAUACCAUUAAGAGUGAUAUAUUGAAAAUGUAUGACUAUGAAAAGACAAAAGUAUUGAGCUUAUUGGAAUGUAAUAAAGUUGUCCAAGACAGUUUGGAUGUCAUUGCACCUAUUGUUGAGAAAAUUCAUGAAAGUGUUGCAUAUUGGAGAGCAUCUCCUAAAAGAGAGCAAAAGUUUGAUGAUGCGGCAUGGAUAGUAGUACACAAUAUGAAUGUUAAAAAAUUGGUGCUUGAUUGUAAACCCCAUUGGAACUCAACAUAUUUGAUGUUCAUAACUGCUAUAUCUUUUAAAGAUGUGUUUACUCGUCUGAGAUUUCGUGAUUCAUCUUAUAAAUGUUUUCCAACAGAUGAGUGGUUGUUAGCAGAAGAGUGGGUCACAUCUCCUAAUAAGGUUAUUUCUUCUAUGGUUGAACGAAUGCUUUCCAAAUUUGAGAAAUAUUGGUCUAAUAUUCAUGGAAUUAUGGGAAUAGCUACUAUUUUAGAUCCAAGAUAUAAGUCAAAGUUGGUGGAGUAUUGUUUCAAAAGAACACAGGGAGAGAUUGGCUUUAAAGAACCUCUUAGAAGGAUUCAAAAAAUGUGUUAUGAUUUGCUUGAGGAAUACACAAAUAAUAAUGGUCAUGCUAGUGUUGACAAAAGAUCAAUGGAGACUAGAUUGCAUACAAGUACAGAUGAUUUUUUGGAUAGUUUUGAUAAAGAAGUAGCACUUAAGUGUGACAUUAAUACUGAUCUGAUGACCGAGCUAGAUCAUUAUUUAGAAGAUAAAAUGAUGCCGAGAAAUGUGGAUUUUGACAUAUUGGAGUGGUGGAAGACCAAUGGAACCAAAUAUCCCAAUUUGAUGAGGCUAGCACGAGAUAUACUUGCCAUUCAAAUAUCGACUGUGGCUUCAGAAUCUACAUUUAGUACAAGUGGUAGAUUGGUGAGUUCUCAUCGAAGCAGGCUUCAUCUGAAAACCAUAGAAACAUUGAUGUGUGCUCAAAGUUGGUUAUCAAAUGAGAAACAAGCUACAAGUUCACAAGAAACAAAAGCAUAUUACUCUUCAGUCGAAUAUUAUGAGGAUACUAUUAAUGUUGAUGGGAUAAGGUACUACAAUAUCAAGUGA